ACCGACUUCUACCCAUCCGGAUGGGACUCUCAUUGAAGUUUGAUCAAUCCCAUGUAUGCAAGUUGAGACAAGUGCUCUGAGUUCUUCAAUUAUUCAUCACCUCAAAAAAAGACCAGGCGAAUGUGAACUAGUCUGAGAGAACAAAAGACUAGAUCGAAACUUUUCUCUGAUAAAAUUGAAAGACAAAACUGGCAAGGAACUUUCAGGAAGGGCUGACCGAGACGGAUUAGCAAACGUGGCCGGCUAGAUGUGGUUGAACAAAAUAUUGCUCUGAGAAAUUGGGAAGACAAAACCAAGAGGUAAUUGCUGAGGAUUGGCAAACGUGACCAAAGACGGGAUUAAAACUUAAGUUAUUUGAGACGACACUGGCAAGGAACUUUCAAGGAGGACUGAGUGACGCUUCUGGCUGAGGAUUGACCAACCUGACCCAAAGACGAGCUAAAACAAAUUUUGCAUUGAGAAAUUUGAGACAAAUGUGGCGCGGAACCUUCUAUGAUUGGCAAACCUGACCCAAAGACGAACAAAAACUCAUUUUGCAUUGAGAAAUUUGAGCCAGAUCUGGUGAGGAACAUUGUAGGAUUGGCAAACGUGACCCAAAGACGAACUAAAACAAACACAUUUUGUAUAAAGAAAUUUGAGACAAAUGUGGCGAGGAACCUUCUAGGAUUGCCAAACUUGUCCCAAAGACGAGCUAAAACAAAUUUUGCAUUGAGAAAUUUGAGACACAUCUGGGGAGGAACCAUCUAGGAUUGGCAAACGUGCCCCAAAAACGAACUAAAACAAAUUUUGCAUUGAGAAAUUUGAGACGUCUGGUGAGGAACCAUCUAGGAUUGGCAAAUGUGACCCAAAGACGAACUAAAACAAAUUUUGCAUUGAGAAAUUUGAGCCAGAUCUGGUGAGGAACCUUCUAGGAUUGGCAAACGUGACGCAAAGACGAACAAAAACAAAUUUUUGCAUAGAGAAAUUUGAGAGAUUUUUUUGAGGACUGAGAGCCGCUUCUUGCUGAGGGUUGGCGAUCGUGCCGACCUCUGUGGCCGAGUAGGGCUGAGGCAAUUAUCCAUAGUCGUAGCACAUAAGCGUAAAGGUGUCGUCGAGGCUGUGGCCCGAGGAGGCGUGGUACUCAGAGGGUGGCGAGAUGGUGAACACAGGGAUGCAGCUGAUCAGCUUCACCUGUGCUGUGACCGGAUGGGUGAUGGCCAUCGCCGUGACCGCGCUCCCCCAGUGGAAGGUCACGGCCUUCAUCGGCAGCAACAUCUUGACGUCGGAGAUCGUUUGGCAGGGGAUCUGGAUGAACUGCAUCUACCAGACCACCGGCCACAUGCAGUGCAAGACCUACGACUCCAUGCUGGCUCUCCCUCCCGAUAUCCAGGCGGCCCGAGCGCUCAUGUGCAUCGCUAUCUUCCUGGGAUGGUUGUCCUGCACCGUGUCUUGCUGUGGAAUGAAGUGCACCACUUGCGCCGGGGAUGAUCGCCAUGCUAAGGCGGGUAUAGCGCUGUCCGGCGGGGUGCUCUUCAUCCUGACGGGCCUGUGCGUUCUCGUACCGGUUUCUUGGACUGCAAACACUGUGGUGCAAGACUUCUACAACCCGAAUGUUCCCCUCCAGCACAAGCGAGAGCUGGGUCAGGCCAUUUACCUGGGAUGGGCGUCUGCUGUGAUUCUCAUGAUUAGCGGGGCGGUUCUCAGCAGCACUUGUCCACACAUGGAGAGAGGAGGGUAUAGACGGGGGUACAUGGGUCGUAGCUUUGCAAACUCCAGGCCUUCCGCUCCUGAUCUUCCCAAAACUAUCACCACCAGCACCCUUCCUCUCAAGGAGUACGUAUGAUGGAGAGGAAUUAAGGCUCAACAGGGACAAUAAUUAAAGAUGCACUCAGUACUUUUUUUGAUUUUGAUUCAAUGGAUGGAUGCAUUUUGUGGCAAUUGAAGUCCAAUCCUUUAUCUACUCUGUUUCAUCGCUCCUUGUGUUUGGCAAAUCGGACACAUAAUGCUGUUGACUUUUUUUCGUUAUGUGUUUGAAAAUAAUUAUUGCAAUUCUGUUUGGUGACACAAUCUGUGUCAUUUCUGCACCACUAGCAAAAAUGAAAUUGAAUAAAAUAAUAAUGAUUGCCAAUUACCAUUGUAAAAUAGAUUGGCUUGCCCCAAUAGCUCGUUUUUUAACGUAAUUGUGAGACACAGUGUUCUCAAUGAGAUCUCAACAUGUCCGGCUCGAGGGUGAGAGUACAUCACUUUACAUGUCAAAAGCUUUAUUAAUUUCUCUUGGAGUAAAAAUUUUUAAUGUGUGAAGAUGUACUGAGUGCACCUUUAAUUAAAGCCGGUCUAUUAGAGCGAGAUCAGUGUUCGAGAAACAUGUACAAACACCCUAAUGUGUGUCACUCUCUGCCUCUUACUGCUGUUUAUU